CCUGAUAUAGAAGGAAGACCGGCAGUAGUGGCAGCCAAAUCUUAAUAUCCUCCUUCUUCAUUUUGCUUUCGUUUUUCCUUCCUCUUGACUUUAAAUUGCUGCUAUGACGACAGCAAUUCCUCUUGUUUCAACCUCUGAAGGGACAGUGACUUCAGUCGCUCACAGUUUGUCGCGUGGUAGUCCCAGACAAAAAGGCCCUGUUACUGAGAUCGCACCUGGUGUUGGCUCCGGACUCGCUGAAGAUCCCUCGGUCUUCGACAUUCUUAAUGUCUUUAGGCGGCGUCUGUUCGUUGCCAAGUCUGACAUUGUCGGACACACUAUGGUUGCGACUAAGUCGGAAGACGGACGUGUCGCUUGGUUGACUUUUCGACCAGGUUUCCAUUCCAUGAUGGUUAAGACUGCGUUCGCAGUGUUUUUUGGGGAUUCUUACCAUCCCCACUUGGUCGAUAAGACCAAGAAAGUUUUAUUUGUGUACCUGCUCGAAGUAGUGAACUCGGAGGGCGAUAAUGCCUUCUUCUCCCUUGAGAAAGGAGCCACGGCUUACAACCGUGCGAAUCACGAAAAGAAAAGGCUUGCUCGUAAACGCGCUAGAGCAGCGAAGCGAGAAAGGACCCGAAUCCUAGCGAAGGGUGGACAUGUGGCGGUUGCGGUACAACACAAUCCGAGUGUGGAUCCACUAGCCUGCCCCAAGUGCAAGGUCGAGUUCAGGUCUCGCAAGCAGCUCAAGAAGCAUACUUGCAAGAAGUCGGCGGGAGUACCACCUCCUUCCGCAACUCAGAACUCAUCACAGGAACCCCCGGUAACUGCUCCGUCGGGGGAUGUCAAAGAUGAGAGGUUUCAGGCUGAUUUGGCCGAAGCCCUAGCAGCUUCGCUUACCCAAGCGGACCAAGCAGUCCCUUCUGGCAAUGACGUGUCGCAACUAGAAGCGCCACAGAGCCAUACUGCGCCCCACUUUGCCAGGUGGGCUAGGGACUCAGGUGUCCCACGGGUUUGUGAAGACUGCCCAGAACCUGCCGUGUCGGUCGUUCUCCAUGGUAACUACGAGACGGCCUGCUACCUGAAGUGCUUCUUGCACGACAGGGGUCGUGGUGAGCGCUGGGGGUCGGAGCUGAAUUGGCCCCGGAGGUCUUAUUUUAUAAGAUAUUGCAACGCCUGUUAAUAUUACGUACGUCGGGUCGGGUUGCUUGGGGCGUAGUUUUCCUAGGACCACUUUAAUCGGUGCUCCCGAGAUGGAAUUCUUGUAAGG